AUGCCUGCACAUGCCCUCCUUACCUCCAAGCUAGUAUUUGGUGACCCCCAGGGUCUUAAGGUUCCAAUCAACCUGCAGGAUGCCAGCACUCAAGUUGCCCUAGACUUGAAUGAUAUCAAGGUUCUCAUCAAGGAGCAGUCAUGAAAAUUGCUGACAAUCAUCCACAUAGAAGACAGACGGAUUGCUUUGGUGAAUUUCAUGGUAAUGAAAAUCCAAACUGAAGGUUUUGUCCAGCAGUCAGAAAUGCUAGAGUUUCUCAGAAAAUACUCAGAUCAAUUGCCAGAGAUACUCAGACAAGCCUUGGCUCACGUAGAUCAUGUCUUUAGUUUGAACCUGAGGGUUUUUGAUUCCCAGGCCAACAACUUAAUCAACAAACAGGGUCCCCAGCCUACUGAUAGACUAGUAGAGACCUGGGCAAAGGAAGUUCUCCUGGCCUUGGUUCUAGGCCACAUCCUUCUGAAUGGCAACUAGGAAAAAGAGCCCUUCAUUUGGGAUCUGCCUAAGGUUGAUAUAUUGGAUAUGAUUCAGAGGAUCAACAUCCUCUUUUGGAACACAAGAAACCUCCUCACUAUUGACUUUUUGCAUAUGUGAUUUUUGGCGCCAAGCAUGAAUCCCUUUGAAUUUGAGUUCUUGUGGGGGUAUGGAGCCUGUAGAGAAACUCCAAAGAUGGAAGCAUUGAAGUUUGUGGUGGAAGCUCAUGAUGAAGAACCCCAGAGUUGGCCAGAGGAGUAUAGCAAAGAUCAGGAAGGGGGCAAAGCCAAAGAAAGAAGCCUGGCUUGGUCGAGGGAUUUAGACACUGUGAAGGAUUUGCUAAAGUUGGCCACUAAUGUCACUAAAGAGUUGCUACCUAUAAAUCAGGAUGAACUCAUGGCUCAUACUGGCAAAGAAUUCAAGGAUGUGUUCUCAAAUAUACUCAAUCAAGCUACUCUAAUUCCUGAUCUGUUCUAUGAGUUCUCUCUGAUGGAGGUUAACACCAGUGAGCACAUGUACUUCCUUGUCCAACAACCAGAAUUAGAAGAAGAGCAAGUAAAGGUAGAGAGUCUGGGGAGAACCACUCAGGAGUGUGUGAUGCUAAUCCUGGAUUUGAUUUUCCUGAUGGGCAUCCAUGUGAAAGAGGCCAAUAUCUGAAAUUUGCUACAGAGAUAUGUGAUUGUAGGGAGAAAGUAUUCCAUCACCAGGAAGCUUAUGAAACAGUGAAACCUAGAAUGCAGACCACUUUUUUACUCUGAUCUAGUUGAGUAUGAGCUUCUGUGUGGUCUUCAAGGUCACCUAGAAACCAUCACAAUGAAAGCCUUGAAUUACAUGGCCAGACUUCAUGGAAAGGGAUCACAGGAUUGGCCAGAGCAAUAUAAGGAUCCUGUGGAAGGUGAGAAGGUCAUUGUCAGAUCUGAGGCAACUGCCAUAUUCUUUGGCUCAAUGUAA